AUGAGCUCCCGCGCUCGCUUAUGUCGCAGCAGGCCACCACCCCGGUGGGAGCCCAGACUAACCUACCGUAGCCACGACGUCGUUGCGGCGGAGCUGGCCCUGCACAGCAACAAAGAGGCAAUGAGCCCCAACGGCUACAUCCCGCCGCUGCCUUCAGUCCCACCAGCAGCAGCGCGUGACGGAAGAAGCUUUUUCUUCUUCAGCAGGAUUCCCUGGCUCUACAACCUCGAGGACCUGCUGCGCACGUCCGGCGAGGUUCUUAACAAGGGCACGUACAGCACCACGUGCAAGGCCACGAUCGAGUCUGGGCCGGUCAUGGCGGUGAAGCGCCUCAAGGAGACCUCGUUGUCAGAGCGCGAGUUCUGGGACAAGGUCGCGGCCAUCAGCGGGAUCGACCAUCCCAACGUGCUCUGUGCGUUCGGCACAACGGCAACAAGAAGGCGAUCGCCGUGA